CGGAGCGCAAGGACAGCUGGUUGGCGGUGGGGGGGCUUGAAAAUAUAAAGAGAAUCAGAAAAUGAUUUUUUUAAAACAACAAAAAUAUUAAGAAAAAAAGGAUACGAAAAAGGAGUUUCCAUUCUGCAAAACAGCGUCAGAGGCAUAGGAGAAUACAUGCGAAUAUAAGGAGAGAAAUACCAAAAAGGAGGCUGCUGCAAGGAAAGAAGAAAAAAGCAACAAAAGAAAAUUGAACUUUACUGGACGUGAGGACUUCUGCACAUCAGGUAGAUCAUUAUAGAUGGUUUGUCCACAGCGCUGCCCGGAUCAUGAACGCACAUCUGUCGAUGGAAAAUAUUGGCGACAUGCACGGAGUGAGCCAUGAGUCCGUGGUCGGUCACGGAGACCUGCUGAGUGGCCACAGUCCGCAUGCCCGUUCCCGGGGUCUCAGCCACCGCGCUAUGGGCAUGGCAACCCUCCUGGACAGCGGGGACUAUCACCCCGGACACCACGGACACCUGCACCCAGCCAUCAGCAUGUGUGAAGUCCCCCCCGGCAUGAGUGCAAGCAGCACUUACACCACCCUUACACCCCUGCAGCCCUUACCCCCCAUCUCCACCGUGUCCGACAAGUUUCCUUCCCAUCAUCACCACCACCACCACCAUCCCCAUCCCCAUCAUCCUCACCAUCAUCCGCACCAGAGGAUCCCCGGAAAUGUCAGCGGCAGUUUUACUUUGAUGCGAGAGGACCGGAGUCUGGCGCCUAUGAACAGUCUGUACCCCGCAUAUCAUCACAAAGAUCCCUGCAUGGGCCAGAGCCUCUCCCCGCUGUCUGGUUCCGGUCUGGCCAGCAUACACACGUCCCAGGCCGGGAUCCCUCCCUACGCUCAUCCCGGUGCCGCCAUGCCUGGUGAGAAGAUGCUCACCCCCAGCGGGUUUGAGGCUCACCACCCCUCCAUGCUCGGCAGACACACGGAGCAGCACAUGAGCUCCUCGGCGGGCAUGGUACAAAUCAACGGCCUCCACCACCACCCACACGCCCACCUAGGCGCACAGGGGCACGGCCAGGGGCUGGGGAACAGCCGGGAGCAGGCCUCCGGGCCCGGGCAGCAAGGGGGUGGCGGUGGAGGGGGUGGUGUUUCUGGGGGCCAGAUGGAGGAGGUGAAUACCAAAGAGGUGGCGCAGAGGAUCACCACAGAGCUGAAGCGCUACAGCAUCCCUCAGGCCAUCUUUGCCCAGCGGGUCCUGUGCAGGUCCCAGGGGACCCUGUCCGACCUGCUGAGAAACCCCAAACCCUGGUCCAAGCUCAAGUCCGGGAGGGAGACCUUCCGCCGCAUGUGGAAGUGGCUGCAGGAGCCUGAGUUCCAACGCAUGAGUGCGCUCAGGCUCGCAGGUGAGCGAAGCCUCGCAUGUAAGCGUAAGGAACAGGACCACGGCAGAAGCGAGCGGGGGAGCAUGUCCAAGAAGCCCCGGCUGGUGUUCACAGAUGUGCAGCGGCGGACGCUCCAUGCUAUCUUCAAAGAGAACAAGCGUCCAUCCAAAGAGCUGCAGAUCACCAUCGCCCAGCAGCUGGGCCUGGAGCUGACCACAGUCAGCAACUUCUUCAUGAACGCACGCCGCCGGAGCCUCGAUAAGUGGGUGGACGACGGCUCCGGUCACCCUGGCCCCAACUCCUGCACCAAAGCCUGAAGACGGACUGAAAUGACCAACUCAUGGACUGACUCAACCUCGGUGGAAAAGCUUUAAAACUUAUGAGAAACAAAGAGAAACUUAAAAAGACCUUGAAGCAACGUUUUGCCCUUAAACCUGUACUAUAUUGAUAUUUAUAGUAUCCAAAGAUGAAAAAACAAACCAAAGACUUCUUGUUUGACCUGCUUUGAAAUGUUUGUUUCAGCAACACAUUUACGUGUAACAUACUGCAAAAAGACUAUAGUUUUACCCCCCCUUCAUACACACUCACUGUCACUGGUCUCUAGCUUUACCCCCCAACACCUCCCCACUCAGUAUCAAUCUAUCAUUCACCAUCCUUAUCUUUAAUCUGAUUGGUUGGUUUUAAUGAUGGGUCCCUAAAUGGAGGUUUAAUCACCCUAUUGGCAGUCUGAUCUGCAGCUGUCCACACCCUUGAAGAACAGCCAGAAUGUGGAGCUCCGGUGGGAUUGGCCAAUCAACUUUAAAGACACAAAAUCCUACAGGAGCGACCGGAUUGUUGUGCAACCUUGUUUGGAUCGGUGGCGGUGGACUGUCUGUCUAUCUGUCUGUCUGUCCAGCUGUCUGUCUUUCUAUCAAGCAUUCCAGACAGACGGGGAAAUGCCCAUGUGUAGACUGCUAACCCAAAACCAAAAAAUCCUGAACAAUACCAAAAAAAAAACCCUAACCUCAACACCCAUGGUAGUGCUUUCUUCCAACAUGCUGAAGCGUUGAAUAAUUUAAACAAGAGAAACCAAAGCCUUCUACAACCUGAAGCCUCUCAUGCAUCUUAGAAAUCAAACCACUUCAGAUUCUGCUAUGAAGUAAUCGAACCAAAGAGUCUAUUUUGUAUCUUACCUCCUGAGACUGUUAGUCGCCACAACGAAGAUAAUGUCACCGCUUAUGGUCCAUACCACAUUUGGCGCCAUAUGUUCCCCGCAAAUAGAAAUAUUAUAUGACACAACUCUGAGAAUUGACUAUUGAUAUUUGCCUUAUGGAUGCCUUUUCUAAUCAAACCAAAUAUUCCAGUGAUAUCUUCACAAACACUCUGGUGAAUGUUGCUUUAAAUGUGAAGAUUAAUCAUGACAGAUACAUCCUUUCCUCUGAGUCUGUCCCACAGAUUUAGCUAAACUUUAUUUUGAAAUACCAGCAGCCAAAGAACAAAGACUAAUCCAUUCGGUAGUGUGUUAUCGCUGCAAAGGUGAAACCAAAGAUGUUGCCUCUCAUGCCGAGUAUAUGUGACACAGUGAGGGAGACAGACGGCCUCUGAUGGGUUUUUUUUGUGUCACCACUCUAAUAAUAAGCAUCGGCGUCCCUGUGCAUUUGAUUUUAUCUCCUCAUCAAAGAUGUUCGGUAGAGGGGAUGAUAUCAAUGAUCAAAUCACUUUCAGGCGCUUACGCAUCAAUGUCACCUCGUCACCUGAAUACGAAAGCAACCCACUCUGC